GAGAGAAAUGAUAGUUCGAGAGAACUACAGGGACUGCUUACUGCAAUUUCGCCAAGAGUUUUGUAACCAAUACCUUCCCACGGUUGCUGCAGCCGGAUAAGCACGGCAGAGUUAUCUAGCUGAACAGGCAGCAGCCGCCAUUGUUGGUACGCUUCGUUUCCUUCCUUAUCUUUAGAGUCCAAAUCAAUCUAUAAAUCUCGCUACAAAUCCAAACCCCAAAACCCUAAUUUCACCGAUUUCCCCGAGAACCUUUUCUUAUUGUCCACCGAAUCCCCAUCAGAACCCGCCUAAAUUCACAUCAAUCCGUAAGCUUCAAUUCCCUCUAGGGUUUUCAGAGAUCUGUAACUGCAGAGAUAGAAAGUGGGUAGUCGUCAAAAUGCUAGGUGGUUUGUAUGGAGACCUUCCUCCGCCCUCUUCCGCGGAGGAAGAGAAGCCCAGCAACAGCACGGUGUGGUCGAGCAGCACCAAAAUGGCGCCGCAGACGCUCCGGAAGCCGUCGUCGAUUUUUGCCCCGCCGCAGACGAUUCUGAAGCCACAGAGCAAGCCUAAAUCGUCGAAUGCGGUGCAACCGAAAAUUACAGCGUCACCGGCGGUUGCACUGUCGCCGGCGGUGAUAUACGAUGAGGUGGAGCGACCUGAGCUGGUUGGGGUGACGUCGACGGUGCUGGAGGAGUAUGAUCCGGCGAGGCCGAAUGACUAUGAGGAGUACAGGAGGGAGCGGAAGAAGAAGGCAAUGGAGGCCGAGAUGAGGCGGGAACUAGAUAGGAGGCGGCAGGAGGAGGAGGAAAGGGAGAGGAAAGAGAGGGAGGAGAGAGAAAGAGAGAAGGAGAGGGAUUUGGGAGAAUCAAGGAACAUUUCAGGUGAGGAAGCCUGGAGGAGGCGUGCGGCGAUGAGCGGGGCAGCAACGCCGGUAGUUCCGAGGUCCCCGUCCCCGCCCAGUAAUGCAGAUGGUUUUAUCAUUGGGAAGUCUGAUAGUGGUGGGUUGGGGCUCGGGGCUGGCGGCCAAAUGACCGCAGCACAAAGAAUGAUGGCGAAGAUGGGGUGGAAGCAGGGUCAAGGGCUUGGUAAGCAGGAGCAGGGGAUUACUACUCCCUUGAUGGCCAAGAAAACGGAUAGGCGAGCCGGGGUGAUUGUGAAUGCUAGUGAAACAAAGCCGGAGAAGAAGGCGAAGAGUGUCAGCCUUAACGGGCCACCCACGAGGGUUUUGCUGCUUAGAAACAUGGUGGGCCCUGGAGAGGUGGAUGAUGAAUUGGAAGAUGAAGUAGCAUCAGAGUGUGCAAAAUAUGGGACAGUGACGCGGGUGCUUAUAUUUGAGAUAACAGAACCAAAUUUCCCGGUGGAUGAGGCGGUGAGAAUCUUCAUUCAGUUUGAGAGGUCUGAGGAAACGACUAAAGCAUUGGUUGACCUUGACGGCCGGUACUUUGGAGGCAGAGUGGUGCGUGCCUCGUUCUAUGAUGAGGAGAGGUUCGGUAACAACGAGUUAGCUCCAAUGCCAGGAGAAAUCCCAGGUUUUACUUGAAUUACAGAGUUUCAAAUGCAAGCUAAUUUCCCCGCACAUGUAAGAGUUACUGAGAAAGAUUAGGUAAACUUUGUUUUUGACAUUGCCCAUUAACGAUGUGAGGUUCAAGCAGUGGUAGUGCUUUACUUUUGUGAUUGGAUCAAGCUUAUGCAACUGUAUCUGUACAAUCACAUGAAAGGUUGUUCUUGCUUCAGGAAUGCUUGACCAAUUUCUUGCGUCGCAAGUUUUCUUUU